AUGUACUCUGCACACUACAACGGAUUCACGUUUCAAGGCCAAGGGCGUGUGAACCAGCUCGGUGGUACAUUCAUCAACGGCCGACCGUUGCCUAAUGUGGUCCGGUUGAAAAUCGUCGAAAUGGCCGCGGCUGGCGUGCGGCCCAGCAACAUAUCGAGACAGCUCAAAGUGUCACACGGAUGCGUGUCCAAGAUACUCAACAGAUACCAAGAGACGGGCAGCAUUCGGCCGGGCAUAGUGAACAGCGAUCACGUCCAGAAAAUCUAUCCGAAACGAAUUUCGUAUUGUCCGGAGGAAGUCAGAGAUACGACAAUCAGAUCAGAUCGUCAUAGUAAUUACUCAAUCGACGGAAUACUGUCAGGAAGAACCGGUGACGUGGAUGUGCCGUCGGAACCGGGCAUAGUCAUAUCCAGAAAACAGAGAAGAGGAAGGACAGCGUUCACGGCCCAACAACUGGAAGGUUUGGAAAGGUCAUUUUUGGCUUGUCAGUAUCCGGAUAUAGCGGCCCGGGAGACUCUCGCCGCAAAAUUCGGACUUCCGGAACCUCGAGUUCAAGUGUGGUUCAGCAAUCGGAGAGCGAGAUGGAGGAAACAGAAUAGUUCCAACGUACAGCACAACAUAAUCAGCAGCAAUUUUUCUGAGAACCUAAACACACCUUCCUACACUGGCACAGCUGAUUGGAGACUUCAACCUGGCGUUCAGUACAACGGUUACUACGACGGGUCUGCGUGGGACGAAUACCAGCAAACGGCACGGACCAACGCGGCCCACCAAUACGGAGACAUAUUCAACCCGUCCGCCGCCGCUGUGGCUUACGGCGCGCACAACGAAUUUGCGGCUAACCCGACCAAACUGCGUGUGCCGCCGACCCUGCCGCCACCUCCGCCGACGACACAGCCGCCAACCGCCACCUCCGCCGCAACUUCCGCCGCCGCCUCCAUGGGAUACCAUCAGCCGCCGACCGCGGCGGUCAGUCGCUGGACGGAAUUCGGCAAACCCACCGCCGCCUCCACGGCCGCAGUCGACUACCCGGUGGCUUCUUAUUUCAACAACAAUUUAUUAUGA